CACACGAUGCCGUGAUAAAACACGGGAGAUACCAACACACAAGCUAUGGGGAAACUUAAAAUGUUUGACGUCAACUUCGACAACUGCAAAGGCGUGUACUUCGCCGGCGAAGUCGUCAAGGGACAUGUGGUCCUGGAAUUAUUGGAACCUAUGAAAAUAAGAGUUUUUACCAAAGUGUUAUUAAUUAAGAGAAUCUCCGGAGAACCGUACCUAUCGUCUACUGGUCGCAACACGAGCGUGCGAGCGUACACGAGCCGCGCUCAACUGAAGCUAAGACUAACGUGUUUAGGAAGAGCUCACGUUCACUGGUCGGAGUUGGAGAACGUUGGUAGGAGAGGAGGGAGACAGCGACUGGAGACUGUGGAAUACGCAGCAGAAGAAGAAUAUUUCAAACAGAAGUGCUCUCUGUGGGGAAAAGAUCUCCCCGUUAAAGUGGAGCUAGCAGUGUCGCUCCCCAUCACUGCCCUGAGAUUAAUCGAAGAAGUCAAUCCAGACGAGAACGACGCAAUACCCGCUGGUAAACAUACAUUCCCAUUUGAACUCCUACUUCCGGCGGAAGUCCCAUCAUCGUUUGAAGGGAAUUAUGGGUACGUUCGCUACUGGAUGAAGGCGACGAUAGACAGACCCUGGAAAUUCGACCACCACACAAAACGAGCUUUCACCGUCAUCGCUGACUUAGAUUUGGCGAAAGAACCAAGAGCAGCUGAGCCGAUCCACUGCCAGGGAGAGGUGAACGCCGGUUGCUGGUGUUGUAAUUGCGGCGGUUACAGUGCUGUGUUCUGUACUAACUGCCGAGGCUGUGUACCGGGUGAAAUUCUCCUAUUGUACACGGAGGUGGAGAAUAACACACGCUGGUCCAAUUGCUCAGCUGAAAUUAGAUUAAAACUAGUUGUCACAUAUUACACAGAGAGAAAGACUCGACAAGAAAAGAAAGUCAUCACGAGAUUGAAACGGGACCGGCUGAGCAUUGGUAACAACGAAGUUUGGUCUGACGCCUUCAAAAUCCCACCACUGCCACCAUCUCACCUAAACGGAUGCAAAAUAAUCACCACGCAGUAUAUACUCCAGUUCAUCGUUGAAACUGACGGGUGUAAUUGUGAUGCCAUCGAGUUUGAAAAAGAACUGAUUAUUGGCACAAUACCACUGAGGGAUGGACCCCCACCUAUGAUUCCCCCCGUAGUGCCAAAUGAACCUCCUCCCAAAUACACCCCUCACGACCAUCUGAAGACUGCCAAACUACACCAGAGACGACUGACACCUUCAGCCCCACCCAGUUACGAGGAAUGCGUCUUCGGACGUGUGAACAUAAAGGAUAAAGAUGACACCGACUACACCCAGGGCAGUCUGGUGUUCGCGCCACUGUACGCCUGUUACGACUCUGAAAUCACACCAGAGGACAAUGUCGACUAAAGGAAAAACACAGUGUACACUUUGGAUAACUCGAAAAUCACACCAGAGGACAAUAUGACUAAAGGAAAAAUACAGUGUACACUUUGGAUAACUCGAAAGUCACACCGGAGGAGAAUGUUGACUGAGGGUAAAACACAAUGUACGCUUUGGAUAUCUCGAAAAUUACACCAGAGGAGAAUGUCACCUGAAAGAAAAACAGUGUACGCUCUGGAUAUCUCGACAAUCACAUUUAAGGAAAUGUUGACUAAAAGAAAAAGACUGUGUACACUUUGGAUAAAUAAAAAAUCACACUUACGGAAAAUGUCGACUGAAAGAAAACACUGACGAGAAAUAAUAUAAUUUUGUGUUUGCAGAGAUCAGUGUAUGCUUCUUAUAAUUGAAAAAUGUAAAAUGUCGACUACAGGAAAACAUUAACCAAAAGUAAUAUAAAUGUGUGUUUGCGAAGAUCAAUGUACACUUUUCACACCUUUAAAUAACUGGGAAGAUGUCGAUUAAAGGAAACCUUUGACCAAAACUAACAUAAUUUUGUGUUUUCAAAGAUCAGUUUACGUGAGUCUCAACUGAAAAAUCACACCAGAGGAUGUCGACUGAAGCUCAGUAGCGUGUUCAGGGAGGAGAGAACCAGUGAACCAUUCCACUGGUGUUCAUCGCAUCCUGUCGUAUCACAUCCAUAUAGAUUACGUGCAAAAACGAGUGUUCGACCUCCUGAAGAAAAACAAAAACAUUAAAAUUACAUAGUGUUUUUGUUUGGACAACAACAAAUAAAUCAAUAUUUACCUUUUGCAACUCUGAAGUCAUGCCAGAGAGAACAUUAACAAAAGGAAAACAUCUACCAAAAUAACAAAAUAACUGGUAGACCAGUAGAGUUAAUUUUAAUCAGAUUGGACUAGGGGUUUAUUCCAGAAAUAUCUCAUUGGUGAGGAUAAACCGCGCUUCUGAAACAUAAGGCAGCAAGUGGUAAAUUAACAAGUUCAAGAAAAUUCUUUUUUUACUUUUAUCCAUCUGGUAAAGGCUAUAUUAAGUAAUUGAAUGGUUUUGGUUCUCAAGGCUAGUGUUUCAGGAAGGUUUUUUCCUCUGGUCCUAGCUAUACUAUUUUGUACUAUAUUUCCACUUACUGCCUUUUUCCUUAGCAGGGUAGUAUUGGUGUAUGUUUUGGUAAGCAAAACAAUUUCUUUUACGCCUCACCAGUACAUAAUUUAAUUUGUGGUUGCUUUUAUUAUAGUUUGUUUUUAAAAUUAGUAUUCUGCAUGCAUGAUGGGAACAGUUCAAAAUGAACAUCCGUUUUGUUUUACAAAUGGAGAUUGUUACAUGAACAUCAGUGCUGUUGAAAUUUCUGGAAUCUGUUUGGGAAUACAUAAUUUUCAAAUAAGUACAGAAAUUUCAUAUAUGAUUCAUUGUGCAAUAACUGUUUAAAAUGACAUUCAUUGAGGUCAAUUAGUAGAUUGUUUAAGUGCUAACAAAUAUUUAAACAUUUAUAUUUACGUUUAUCAUCAUUUGACUUGAUGCAACAUCAGAUAUAGGCUACCUGUAAUUUCACUCAUGAAAAAUAAAAACAAUAAAAGCGAUAAAGUUAAUGACAAGGGUACCACAACAAUGGUAUUGUGUCACAUGCCAUGAAGAUAACAUCUUUUAACACGAUAUUUAUGUAACUGUUUAUUGUAAACUACGUGGGUAAUAAUUCGUUUUAUUCUCUGGGCGGUAGAUAUUAAAAAAUAACUGCUUCCCCAUGUGGUCAUUAGUGGUGUAGGUCUUAAGUUUAGAAUAGUUAUUUACGAUCUUUGUGAACACUUAAUGUCAAACUGUUGACAAGUUUGUCUCCACGGAAAAAACGAUUGUCCACCUGCAGUUCGUGAAUGUCUUAUGAUCCAAAUCUAGUAAAAAUACUCAUGGUCUAACUGAUUAAAAUUCUUCUCUUCAUUUAUUUUGCAAGACGAACGCAGUUUAUAAAACCAUGACCAUGAGAAAUAUCUCAAGUAUUUUCUUGUUUUUGCAUUAUUUUUGACCUAGCAAAG